AUGGAUGCGGUCAAGGACGUCGCUGCAGCGGCCCAGCGCGCCGAGAAGAGCCUGGAAACCCGCCUCACUCUGCUCUGGCACGAAAUCCACCCGUGGCAGCAGGACAACCACUACAUCCACAGCGGCUACCGCCCCGCCUCCAACUCGUACCGCAAGUCUGCAACGAGCCUGUUCUACUUGCACAACGAGACGGUCAACGUCUACACCCACCUGCUGGGCGCCGUUGCCGCCGUCUCGGGCGCCGCCGCCCUGUACGCCGCCCUGCGCCCCCGCUACGACACGGCCACGCACGAGGAUGUUGCCAUGUUCGGCUGCUUCUUUCUGGGCGCCACCGUCUGCCUGGGCAUGAGCGCCGCCUUCCAUCUGACGAGCAACCACUCGCCGCAGGUCCAGCGCUUCGGCAACAAGCUGGACUACAUGGGCAUCGUCUGCCUGAUCUGGGGCAGCUUCAUCCCGAGCGUCUACUACGGCCUUCUGCAGCACCCGAGCCACGUGCGCUUCUACUGGAUCAUGAUCACGACGAAUAGCGUCGCGUGCGCAAUUGCCGCCGUCCUGGACAAGUUCCGGUCGCCGGCUUUCCGUCCGAUCCGCGCCGCCAUGUUCGUCGGCCUGGGGCUGUCCGCCAUCUUCCCGGUCGUCAGUGGGCUGAAGCUCUACGGGCUCCAGGCGCUGAGGGAGCGCAUCGCCCUCGACUGGCUGGUCGCGCACGGGCUCAUGUACAUCACGGGCGCUGCGAUAUAUGCCAUCCGAUUUCCCGAGCGCAUUUGGCCGGGCCGCUUUGACAUCUGGGGAAGCUCGCACCAGAUAUUCCAUGUGCUGGUGCUGUGUGCUGCAGCCACGCACCUGGUGGGCCUGAUCAAAGCGUUCGACUUCCAGCACUCGCAGCCCUAUGUCACGUCGGACCGUCUGCACCUGCUGGACCUGCCGUGGUUCUGA